CGAAUAAGACUUGAGUAAAGGAUUAGGACAAACACCAUUUUAUCAAAGAUCCAGAACUUCUAUUGCUAUCCCCCCCAAAGACAUUCGACUGAGAUAUCCCCAAAUCCAAUGUUCCUUUUUCUUUUCUUUCAAUUAAACACACACAGGCCCACGUACUACACGAGAGAGAGUCGGAGAACACAGAAUUAGAGAGAGAAAGAGAAGUGUGUCUGAGAGAGAAAGGGGACCAGCCAUGGCCUCCGGCCGGCCACCCGAUUCCGGCGACGGUUGUGAUGAGUGGCUAGAACAAGUAGGAUCGUCGCACCCGACGACGGCAUGACGGUUGCAAUGAGUGGCUAGAACAGAUAUGCCUAAACAUCAAGGGUCAGUUAGCUCCAAAUCAAACCGGCGUCGUAUAGGUUCAGGUAUUCUUUCUGCAAAUCGGCGAUUUGAUCUGUGACAAUGGCGGCAAGGGUUUUAUCAUCGGAAGCGGUUAUAGCUUACCGGAAUCUGCUCAGAGCCACUCGGAAAUCGUUCGCCGGAGACACCGUGAUGCUCCAAGGAUCGGCGGAAGAGGUGCGGAAGAAAUUUGAGGAGAAUCGUCACGUGACAUCGGAGCCGGAGAUCCGGAAACUUCUAGACGAAGCACGUGAAGCGUCUGAUUUCAUAUCGAACAUGAUUGUUCAGGCGAAACUCAAUUCGCGCGGCGGUUACGAAGUGAAGCCCAGCAAGGACCAUGCAGGAUUAACACUUGAAGUCCCUUCUGAAGAAAUUUUAAAAAAAUCUUCUUGAUAAAGAAGUAUAAAAGGCUAGAAGCUAGUAAGUGAGCGUAUUUGUUGUUCUGUGACAUUAUAUGCUCAUAUUUUUUUUGUUCUGUAACCAAUCAUAAUUUUUAAGUUUUCUUUCAAUCAACUUAUAUAACUCUACCUUGAGUCAUAUUUUUCUAAUAAAUAAGACUUAUUACAUUAUA